AUGUCGGAGUACCAGCAGCCCUACACGAUCUCGGUCCCCCAAGAUGCCCUUGAUGAGCUCAAGCAGCGCUUGGCUCUUGCGAAAUUCCCAAGCCAGCUUGAAUCCCCAGAGCAGGAUCUCUGGGAUUACGGUGUCCCAGUUAAAGAGGUGCAGGGGCUGGCAAAGUACUGGAAAGAUCGCUUUGACUGGCGCAAGGCGGAGACUCGUUUGAACGAGCUGCCCAACUACCAGACUCAGAUCGAGGUCGCAGGGUUUGGUGUCUUGGACAUCCAUUAUAUCCAUCAACUCAGCCCUAACAAAAACGCGAUUCCGCUGCUGUUCAGCCAUGGAUGGCCCGGAUCUUUCAUCGAAGUAACCAAACUUCUGCCAUUUUUAAAAGGUGGCGAUGAUCACCCUGGCUUCCACGUCGUCGCCCCUUCACUGCCCAACUUCGGCUUCUCUUCUGGAGUCACUCGCCGUGGAUUUGGCAUAUUGCAGUACGCUGAGACCUUCCACAAGCUGAUGCUCAAGCUCGGCUACGAGCAGUAUGUAACCCAGGGCGGCGACUUGGGGUUCUGGAUAACCAGAACUCUUGGGCUGCUAUACCCAGAGCACUGCAAGGCAUCCCAUGUAAACAUGGUCGUUGCCCGGCCACCGCAAUGGAGCAGCAAUCCGCUCCUGGCACUGCAACACGCCCUAAUUCCAUACACAGACCGAGAAAAAGACGGCCGCCAACGGUCCAAAUGGUUCGACCACGAAGGAUUCGGGUACAACAUGCUGCAAAGAACCAAGCCCCAGACCAUCAGCGCGGCCCUUGCUGAUAGCCCCGUUGCCUUGCUCGCUUGGAUCUACGAGAAGCUGCAUGACUGGACCGAUUCGUUCCCGUGGACCGAGGAUGAAAUCCUGACUUGGGUUUCCAUAUACUGGUUCUCGGUGGCCGGUCCGGCGGCUAGUGUGCGGGUUUAUUACGAGGGUUUCCAUCCGGAUCCUGUGUCAGGGAUCUCCUACGCGCAACUAACGGGGUAUAUUCCUCGUGUGAAGCUCGGCCUCGCCCAUCUUCCUCGGGAGAUUUCGGUCGUUCCCACUACCUGGGCUGCUGCUUUGGGGCCGGUGGUUUGGCAAAGUGAGCAUGUACAGGGUGGACACUUUGCGGCAUGGGAGGUCCCUGAUGUUAUUGUCAAGGACCUGCGGGCGAUGUUCAGCAAGGGAGGCCCAUGUUAUCAAAUUGUGCUGGGUCGAGAUGGGUAUUAG